AUACAAAAUAUGUCAUUUUAAAAAGUCGCACUUCAACAGGUAACCCAAAUGAUGACAGAUCGUUUGCCGGGGAUAAUUAUGUUUGUCGUAGUAGUAAGUAAUUGAUCGCCACUGUUGAGUUAAUUCGACUGCGAAGAAGACACAUUGUCUGGCGAAUCAAUUACUGCAGUCGUUGAACGGCCACUGUAUGUUACUUUUGAAAAGUCCUGACGUGCAUACAAAUGCAUUUCACGCCUAAAAUCGACCAAGCAGAAAAGCGCUAAUGUAAAGUGAUGCGGCCAAACUGUCUACAUCGUAUCGGAAGGCCCCGCAACUGUUUACAAAGAACGGUUUCCGAGACCGUCAAAUAGAGCCAUUCCGGUAAUCCACCGAUCCACGGAACGAGCGAAUAAAACAAGUUAAUGAAUAUUCAUAAGAUACGGAUACGCCGUUGUAAAAGGUAACGCCCUCACCUGUGACGUCACGGGACGGCCUAUCAGAGAAUAUCGUCUGCUGUUAAGAAUGAAUCGGUAUCACUUUCCAAGUGACAUGACCAUAGAAACAUUCUGAAGUGGUUCGUGUUUUUGUUGUGACGUUUUUUUUUUGGUAACAAAAGCAGUUACUGUUUUCUUUUUUUCAACUGUGAUUUCUUGGACGAUAAUAACUGGAUGUCAUGUUGCAGACAAGUUCCAACUCCGCGUUUAAGCCCUUGCCCUCGAGUCUUUCUCCGACCGUCGAUUUGCGUUUGUCGUCUGCGAAAUCGUGUAAAGACAACCCGGCAGACGGAUGCGUUUCUGCGUUAAGGGGUGAAUCAGCUAUGUCGAAAACUACCCCAGACACGGCACUGACGACGUCAUCACGGAGCCCAGACACCCACAACAACAACAACAACAACAACAGCAGCAGUGUCGCCGUCAUCGUCCCAGAAAGGGCGCACAGCACCAACAAACAGUCACCGGUUCGAUGUUCCUUCUCCAUGGACGAUAUUCUAGCGAAGCCGACGAAACGACCCUCGACUCCGGAAACCGAGACGUCUCCAGCCCCCUCUCCGACUCUCUCCUCCCCAGGGCAGUGUUCAGAAGGCAAGUGGCCCGGUAGUGUGGCCCCACCCGCCUUUCCCAGUUGGUUAUACACGCCUGGAUUCACACACGCUAACAAUGUUCCCACUGCACCCCGAAUUCCUCCAAAAGCUGUUGGUACUCUGCGCAAGCACAAACCUAACCGGAAGCCACGCACGCCGUUCACGACUUCUCAGUUGCUUUCACUGGAAAAGAAAUUUCGAGAAAAACAAUAUCUGUCCAUAGCGGAAAGAGCCGAGUUUUCGGCCUCGUUGAACUUGACGGAAACCCAGGUGAAGAUCUGGUUCCAGAAUCGGCGAGCGAAGUCAAAACGGUUACAGGAAGCAGAACUGGAGAAACUGCGCAUGCACUCAAAGACAAUGCUUCCGCCGAUUUUCGGCGUGACGCUUCCCCAAUCACCAUCCAGCAUUUUAUACAAUGGCGCCUUGAUGAGGUCGCCGUUUUUGCCCCAGACUUUUAUGCCGCCUCUUGCUAUGUACAGUGGUCUACAGCCAGGGUUACACCCCAUGCACUGAGACGGCUUGCAGUCUAUUUUUCAAGGGCAAAACGACAAUCAAUUAUUUAAGUGCAAUAUAUUGACUUAAUGGCUCAUGCAGAAAUAAAGGCCAUCUGUUCAGCGCCGCAGUGAAUCUUGAAGUAAUUUCAAGUGGACUUCGUUUAGUCAUUGUGGUGAAACUUCUAAACGGUAUAAUAUUCUCUACAGUAUGCUUGAACCCCGUGGCGAGGAAAUACCAACAGAGAGUUAUAAAAAAAAAAUCGACAAAUAAUCUUAAUGACUACUCUUCAGGCACCACUGGUUGACAAUAGCAAACAAUAAAAAGAGUAUUGUCAAGGGACGACAACUCUGGUCAAAAGAAAAGAAAAACAAUUGCCCCAGAGCUAGGUUAUCCAGUCCUCAAAAGUUCCUUACUGAGUCGUUUCAAAGGAAUGGAUUGAUGAAAACAAAGUUUGAGGAUGAACGACCCAAUUCGCGUCGCAUGUAGCCAACGACCAGAGACAUUUCGCAGUAUUAAAUUAAUUUUAUUUCCAUUGUAUGUCGUAUAUCAUUAUAUAUAUAUAUAUAUAUAUAUAUAAUAUUAUAUAUGUUUAAAGACUAUAAUAUAUGUGUUUCAGUAAAAUAUUUACAACAAA